AUGAUCAAUUUUAGCACUACUAUCUUACUUGCUGUGGCAUUAUACCUAUGUAUUUUAGUGCCUGAUGGCUUGCUCUCGCCUCUCAAUAGCAUUGUAUACCAACCUCAGGGGUUCAGCAUGAACGACGUUUGCGCCGACACAGUAGCUUGUGUGGUUUUGGAUUCUGAUUGGCCAUCUACAAAGACUUUUACUUGUCAAGAUCGUCAAGUUACGCCUGCUUCGAUUCAGUCAUCUCGUUUUUCGAUGAUGGGUGGCUCAGGUUUUAACGUUAGCGAUGCCGAUUGGCCAGUUUCAGCCUCACGAGGGUGUGCUAACUCGAAUGGAUUGAAGCGUUCAUAUUUUAAUGGAGAAUGGACAGUUUAUUAUUCAAUCCAAGCAAAAUGUGAUUGUACAGGCGCUGGUCGUAUUCCCGAUUGUGGUACCUUCAACGGUGGUUCAGCUACGGCUUGCAAUGUUGCCACAUUCAAGUUUUGUUCCUUGGAGAUGGGUGAAAUUCCUUGCCAAGCUGUUUGA